UCAACAGCGGAGGGCAGAAGAAAAGGGCGGCAGAGACGAGGAGGAGGAGUAGAAGCUACGCUACAUCAAUGGGAAGGCCUCCUUGCUGCCACAAGAUUGGCAUCAAGAAAGGGCCAUGGACCCCUGAAGAGGACAUCAUCCUCGUCUCCUACAUCCAAGAGCAUGGGCCUGGCAACUGGAGAUCAGUCCCCACAAAUACUGGCCUGACGAGAUGCAGUAAGAGCUGCAGGUUGAGAUGGACAAACUACCUGAGGCCUGGCAUCAAGCGCGGCAACUUCACCCCUCAUGAAGAAGGGACCAUCAUCCACCUGCAAUCCUUGCUUGGCAACAGAUGGGCAGCCAUAGCUUCGUACCUUCCCCAGAGAACAGACAAUGACAUCAAGAACUACUGGAACACACACCUCAAGAAGAAGAUCAAGAAGCAUGAGGCAGCUGCAGAUGGCUACGAGAUGACUUGUGGUACGAGCUCCAUCUGCCUUGACAACAUGGAAGCAAGGAAGCAGGACAUCGCCACCCUCACGUUCCCCGGGUUCUACAAGGCACCCUCGAUCUACGCCUGCAGCACCGAGAACAUCUCCAGGCUUCUCGAAGGUUGGGUGCGUUCCUCGCCACGACAAGGGAAGCUGCAGGGAAGCGCCAUUACUGAUAGCAACAACAACAACGGCAGCAGCAGCAGCAACAGCAAUGCCAUCAUCUUACAGAAGGUGCAAGCUGAAAGCGAUCGCGGUAGCUUCGAGACCAUGAUGCAUGAGGGCCUCGCCUCACUGCUCUCCUUGGAGAACAUGAGCGGCAUUGCCUGUGUUGAAGCCAAGCAGGGAAUGGAGGACGACCAGCCCCCCUUGUCCUUCUUAGAGAAGUGGCUCUUCGACGAGGCCUCGGCGCAGGUGGAUGGCCUUACGUACAUCCCUGCCGAUUGAUGCUCGAACUCAAUGUUCUAAUCAAGUUUCGGGAGGAGAUGAAUAGGACACUAAUGACAUAUUAAGAAGAAAAUUGUAUGCACGCAGCAAAGUAAACUUAGUCUAUUGAUGCAAAUGUAGAAUAAACAGCAGCUACUGCAUGUAACACUAUCAUUGAAGAAUCACUCAUCUAUGUUAUACAUGAGAUCUUCAAGUUGGUUA